AUGGCUGCGCUGCCCGCCUGGAACCUGCUCAAAGGCAAGACCGCGGCGAUCACCGGUGGCACCACUGGAAUCGGUCGCGCGAUUGUAUUGGCAUACAUCACGCAAGGAUGCAAUGUAGCCGUCAACCACUUGGGUCUUCGCCAGGAUGAAGUGCAUCGCCAUAGUCUUCUCGAGGAGGUCAAGGCGAUCAAGAACAAGGGCAUCCAGGCGGGCGAUAUCUUAGAGCUACCCGGAGACGUGACCAACCCCGAGACCAGCACCAACCUGAUCAAAGAGGCUGUGUCUCAAUGGGGCGGGCUGGACAUUUUUGUCGCCAAUGCGGGUGUGUUCAAACAAGCGGAGUUCCUCAAGAUUGAGCCAUCUCUCCUCGACCACAGUGUCGACGUCAACGUCAAGGGCUCCUUCUAUUCCUGUCAAGCUGCCGCUCGUCAGAUGGUGAAGCAAGGGCAUGGCGGCUCGAUCAUUGGCAUUUCCUCCGUUAGCGCCCUGCUCGGCGGUGGCUUCCAGACCCAUUACACCCCCACGAAGGCCGCUAUUCUCUCCAUGAUGCAGUCUAUGGCGAUUGCCCUUGGCAAAGAUCAGAUCCGUUGCAAUGCAUUGAUGCCUGGCACCAUUGCCACCCAGCUGGCCGACCAUGACAUGAAGAACCCCACCAAGAAGGCCGCUCUCGAGGAGCGCAUUCCCCUCGGUCGCAUUGGCGACCCGGAGGAUAUGGCCGGCCCCGCAGUUUUCUUGGCUUGUGAGGAGAUGAGCCGUUAUGUGAACGCGACGGGGUUAUUGGCUGAUGGUGGAAUGUUCAGUAAGUUGCAGUAA